AUGGCCUCCGAACAGCCCGGACUGAUUGUGAACGGCGGCUCAUCGGCCGCAUUGUCCAAGUCGCCCGCUGAGCUUCUCCAGGAAAAGCAUGCACGUGAUGAAGCCCACCAGCCGACAGUCGAAGCAGUUGAGGAUGAGCAAGACAUCCUCCACCCACCGCCAUCUUCAGCGGCAAUGAAGGCAGACUCGAAAGUCGUGGCGGAGAAAUCCGAGGCGCCGAAGCCCAAGACCGUGCCCUUCGACGUGCAGUCUGAGGAGCUCUUCCCAUCCCUCGGAAGUGGAACGAAGCCUCGUGUACCUUCGGCGAUGCCAAUGGCAUGGGACGGUCGCAAAGCAGCCACUCCGCCAACCGCACUGUCUAAUGGAGGAUCAAGGAAUAACUUUACCUCUCGCACAUCGGCCCCCGCUUCUGGCAAUGCUACUCCGGUACCUGCUAAUGUUGCAACCUCUCUUGGAGGCCCAAGAUUAGCGAUGCCCGGCAAGCAUGUCGAGCAAAUCCGUUUUGCACCAUCGCAAAUGCUAGCGCGGAGCGAGCUGAGCAAACCUCUAUCUGAUAUUGUAAGGGAGAUAAGCCGGAAAUCUAAGGCCCGACUAGAUGUUCGCGAGGGCCCUGGUGGCUCCUAUAUCUUCGAAGGAACGGGCACAGUUGAUGCCGUCCGCCAAGCGCUGAAGGAGGUUGCCCAGCAAGUUGGCUCAAAGCAAUCCGUUUGUGUUCCUGUUCCAGCAUCUGCCCGGGCCCAUAUUAUUGGUCGCCAGGGAGCCGUAGUACAAGGAAUCCAUGAGCGAACCGGAGCUCGAAUCCAAGUACCUAAGCUGAGCGAUUCUAGUGUUCAAGAUGAAGACGACGAUAGCAAUACGAUCGACGUCACGAUUGAGGGUGAUGCAGUAGCUGCUGAAAUGGCAAGGCGUGAAAUUGAGGCAAUAGUCAAGGAACGAACCUCCAAUAUCAACCUUAAAUUGAAAAGCAUUCCCCCUGAAUUAUUCCCAUUCAUUGCCGGAGCACACAAUUCGGAUCUAAACGAUUUAGAGGAGCGCACAAAGACUCAGAUCCGAGUUCCCCGUUAUGACACCUGGUCAAAGAGGCCACCGCCCCAGGAGGCGCCUCUAGGCCAAAUUCAAUUUGUUCCCGACCCAGAUCGCCAUAUCCAUGUUUUCGGUGACCGCACGGGUGCACAGGAGGCGCGUGCUGAGAUUGAAAGACGCGCACAGGAACUUCAGCGCCGGAUCGCCCUUCGGCACCUAGCUAUCAACCGUGGGCAGCACCAAUUUAUUAUUGGAAACAAAGGACACUCCUUACAUGACUUCUUGGCUGAAACAGGCUGCUCAGUGAUCCUCCCUCCACCAUUCGAUGAAACGGAGUUCUUAACAGUCACUGGGCCUCCUGAGCAAAUCGAGAUUGGAGUUAACCGGGUGAUGGACCUGGCCACGAGCAUGCAAAUGGCUAGUAUCGAUCUCUCUCGCCAACAUCCCAAUGCUCCAACUGGACCGCAUGCUUAUGCCCGUGCACUCACAAGGUAUUUGCAACAACGCCAGAUUAUUAAAGAGCUCGAAAGGAUGCACGACGCUCACAUCGUCUUGCCAUUGCUGUCGUCGGACGGACCAGUCGUCUGGGAGGUUUAUUCCAGGGAUGGAAAAAACACAAUCCGCGCGCGGUCCGAUAUUCUGAAUCUGGUACAAGCUCACCCGCCAUCUAAGCUUGCCAUCAUGCCUUUGGAUCCAUACUAUCAUGAUUUCCUUCGUUCUCGCAGUGCUCCGCAGCUGAAGCAAAGUUAUGGAGUCCACUUGGUCGUGCCAGACGAAUCAGAAAACUCCGAUGUUUUGCUUGUUUGCGAAGGCAUUAACCAGGCUGAAACUCCACGGCAGCGCCCAUCCGCCGAAGAAAUUGCAGCUUUUCAAAACGCGCUGAAGGAGGCUCAAAACUAUCUUCUCUCCGCUCUGGGUGACCAGAGUGAUAUCGUCUCAAACUCUGUUCCUGUUCCUUCAAAAUUCCAUGAAAAAUUGCGGAAAUUUGUAGCACGUGAUCAAAGUGCAAAGGGGGAAGAUCAGAUUCCGGUCCGCGUUGUCCUUGCUGAUCAGCAGGUUAUACUCCGCGGACGGUCGAAUGAUGUUCAACAACUCGUACCCAAAAUUGUUGCCUUUGUGCAAGAGCAGGAACGCGAUGAAAAGGAGCGAGAUAACAAGAUACUCUUUGACUUCCCCCAGAAAUUUGCCAAUGUCCUUAUUGGGAAGAAGGGAGAAAAUAUCAACAAGCUUCGAGACGAGUUUGAUGUUAAUAUCAAAGUCGAGAACGGCAAAGUUGAGGUCAAGGGACCGCCAAACAAGGCCCUUGCUGCCAAAUCACGGAUUCUUGCCCUCGCAAAGAAAUUAGAGGAUGAAACAACCUAUGUUCUCAAGAUUGCGCCUCAAUAUCACCGAGACUUGAUCGGGCAAAAAGGUAGUCAAGUUAAUCGACUACAAGACCGAUACAAUGUGCGUGUUCAAUUUCCCAGGACGGCGAACCAGGACGAGCCUACCAACGAUGCUGCCAGUGAAGUUGGCAGCGUGCGAAACACUCGUACCGCCCAAGCGCCUGAUGAGGUGGUCAUUCGAGGACCUCGUAAAGGUGCUGAUGAGGCAAGAGAAGAGAUACUCAAUUUGUAUCGAUGGGUUGCGGACCACUCUUUCACAGCUUCUGUAUCAGUUUCCCAAAGUCAAGUUCCAUCCUUGAUCGGCCAACGUGGCCGUGAAAUGGACAAACUUCGUACAGAAACCGGUGCGCAAAUCGACGUUCCCUCAAUGAACGAUUCUAUCAAUGCUUCUGGGCGAGUUGAGAUCAAACUCAAAGGUACCAAGAAGCAAGUGGAGGAUGCACAAAAACUUCUUUUGCAGCGUGCCAAGGAAUUUGAUGAAACUGUGACAAAAACAAUCGAUGUUGACAAGAAGCAUCACAAGUCCCUUAUUGGCAGUGGUGGUUCUAACAUCCGAAAGAUUGUCGUCGAAUGUGGCGGGCCGGAGGAUGGAACUGCGGCCCGAAUGGUCAAGUUUCCUCGUCCUGAGAGCGAUGAUUCAAGUAUACGCUUAGAGGGCCAUGAAACCGUUAUUACCAAAAUCAUUGCUGCAAUCGAAGAGUUUGUUCGACAAAAGGAGGAUGAAGUCGUCACGUCUUUUGAUGUUCCCCAGUCCCAGCACCGCCAUCUCAUCGGACGGGGAGGAGAUACCCGACGUCAAUUAGAAGGACAAUUCAACAUCGUUCUGGAUGUUCCUAAACAAGGAUCUAAUCGGACUGAUGUCAAAAUCAGAGGACCGUCUAGUUCUGUGGAGAAUGCGAAGUGCCAUAUACUAGCCAUGCUGAAAGAGCAGCAAGGUGAGACGGUGAAUGUACCUCGCAAUCUCCACCAUAUAAUUUCAGAAAACGGAGCCUUCUUUCGCCGCUUGCGGAAUGAUCACCAGGUUACCGUUGAUCAUGCCGGAGAACAAAUCCCUUCACGUUCAAGUCCAUCGGAAUCUCGGGGUGCGAAUGAUACUGGCUCACUACCCCUGAUUACUGAUGAUCCUGCGGCCUCUAUUGACUCUUUCUCCUGGAAAGUCGUUGUUUCCAGCAAUGGGGAUGCACCUUCCGGGACUAUUCCAUGGGUUCUUUCUGGCAAGCCAGAAAACGUUGCCAAAGCAAAGGCAAUUUUGGAGAAAGCCAUGGCGUCAGCUUCGCAACCAUCAGCCACAGGGUAUUUGAUUCUUCCAGAUCCCAAGACUUAUCGAUUCGUGAUUGGACCUGGUGGUAGCCAGAUUAACGCCAUUCGAAAACGCACUGGCUGCAGGAUCAAUGUGCCCAAGGACCAAGCACGCGGCGAAGCCAUAGAAAUCAAGGGCUCAAAGGAGAACUUGGAAAUCGCCAAAGAUAUGAUUUUAGAUGCUGUCAAGGCAGGUACAAGUGGGAACGGGAGAGCAUAA